UGUUUUACAGUAUGUUUUAUCUUGUAUAUUAAAUACUAUGUUUUCUUUUUUAGGUCCUAUGGUCUAUGGUACCUGCUACAGUCCAAUUUCACUUAAAGAUCAGCUGAAAGAGAUGGGUUUUGCGGAUUCUAAAGUGUUAAAUGAAGAACAAAGAGAAAAAUUUUUUGAAAAGAUAAAAGAUUCAACUGAUGUCCUUGGAUGGAUGAUAGAAAUUUUAUCACCAAACUUUAUUUCUAAUAGCAUGCUACGAAGGUCAAAGUAUAAUCUUAAUGCCCUAUCACAUGAUUGUGCUAUAGGUUUAAUACAAAAAGUCCUUGACAAAGGUGCAAAUUUAAAAGAGGUAUAUGUUGACACAGUAGGUGACCCAGCAAAGUAUCAAGCAAAACUGAAAGGCAUCUUUCCAGAUCUGGACAUAACAGUAGCCAAGAAAGCCGACUCCAUUUAUCCAAUAGUUAGUGCUGCAAGUAUAUGUGCGAAGGUAGCUCGUGAUAAUGCAGUCAAGAACUGGACUUUUAAAGAGGGGAUUACAGUGGAAAACUUUGGGUCUGGCUAUCCUGGGGACCCAGCAACAAAGAAAUUCCUUACUGAUUAUCUUGACCCCGUGUUUGGAUUUCCUCAGUUUGUGCGUUUUAGUUGGUCGACUGCAGACCUUUUGUUGCAGAAAAAUGCUGUCUCUGUGAAAUGGGAAGAUGACGAUGAUGAUGACCAAAAUGAUAAGAAAAGAAAAAAAGAUUCAGCUGGAACACAUUCUCUUUUCACAUUUUAUAAAAGUGAAGAGACAGGAAACAAGAGAUCAAAAAAACAUUCCUUUUUUGAUGAAAGAUGCUUGAAAAAUAUGACACAUUUUUAGUCUUUUUUUUUGUGAGUGUCCCCUUGAGAGACCUAAUAUUUCAAAUUAAAAAGGUGACAUAAACUGGAAGAUAGCUGCUAUAUGAGAUCAUUGAAAUGCCUCUUAUGAAUAAUGUUUAUAAAGUGUCCUUUUUGCUUCAGAAUGUGGGAUUUAUCAAAUGUGUGAAAUGUUGAAAUAAACGUUUUGUAAAAUGUUAUGUA